GUUUUUGGGCCAUUUAUAUGCUGCAGAAGCCCUCAUCUCUCUCGACAGAAUAUCUGAUGCCAUUACUCACUUGAACCCGGAGAAUGUCACUGAUGUCUCCUUAGGGAUCUCUUCAAACGAGCAGGACCAAGGAUCAGACAAAGGUGAAAAUGAAGCGAUGGAAUCCUCUGGCAAGCGGGCCCCUCAGUGCUACCCCAGCUCCGUCAGCUCCGCCAGGACCGUGAUGCUGUUCAACCUGGGCAGUGCCUACUGCCUGAGGAGCGAAUGCGACAAGGCCCGGAAGUGUCUCCACCAGGCGGCUUCAAUGAUCCAUCCUAAAGAGGUCCCCCCUGAGGCCAUCUUGCUGGCAGUCUACCUUGAACUGCAGAAUGGUAAUACUCAGCUGGCCUUACAGAUCAUCAAAAGGAAUCAGCUGCUCCCUGCAGUGAAAACACACUCUGAAGUGAGAAAGAAGCCAGUGUUCCAGCCUGUCCACCCGAUCCAACCCAUCCAAAUGCCGGCUUUCACCACUGUGCAGAGAAAGUGAGACUUCGCUUUUGGAAAACUGUUACCUGAGACCCAGGGGAGUAUUCACUGCCCUUUUUAGUUGUAUCACAGCAAAAUGAAUAAAAGACUGAUGGUGAAGGUUGUUAAUUUUGAAGACACAAUUUGAAGAUCAUUCUACCAUCAACUUUUUUGCCAGAAGCUUACUUUAAAAUUAAAGAUUCAUAAGUUCAUUACCAGCUAUUUUUCUUUAAUUUCUGGCCAGAGUAUUAAUUUUGAGCCAUCAUGUGAUAUAUAUGUCAUAGACAAUUAAAACAUGAUCUUAUCAAAA